AUGGAGGUCUUUCUUGGUGUUGGCCUAGUUGCCGGCGAGAUCUUCAGAUACAACCGGCAAAACUUCGCCUUCGACCAAGACCAACGCUUCCGACGCGAUGAGCUUCGACUCAAGAUGCAGGUGGAGCGUUUCCGCCUCUUCCGCCAGGACAUUCGCGACCUGGUGGAGCUGACAGUAGGAAAAAUGGACCUCUAUCACAUGGUUGGCGCGCUCUUCAUUCGCAUGAUCAGUAUCUACUACUCGGAAGGCUUCUUUGAGGAAGCUCCUCCGGUCUUUCUUCAAGUAGCUUAUUAUCUAUCACAGGCCUGCUCAUUAGUGUACCUGCUGAUGGCAAUCUGGCUGUCUAUGCAUGCCUCGAUCAAGUCGCACAGCUACGCAACCCGCUUACUUACCAGGUUUGUUCGGCUGCCCAUCCCCGGAUGUGACCAGCUAGACCUGCUGAAUGCGCGCCUCUCUGACUGCGAGAUGCAAGCAACUCAGCUGCUUCGCGUUCCCUUCCUGCAUUCAGGAAGAAAUACUUGGAAGGAGCGCGCGACAGUGGAGGUUCCGCCUCAGGGUGCGGCUUCUGCAGAGGACCGAGCCGCCAAUGUCCCCAAGCCUACAGGGGAUGAGCUUGAGGAUGGUGAGUUUGCCUAUGGUGGCGAGCACAAUAUGCUCGGCAACGAGGAGCUGCUGCAUGCCGUGGAGUUCCGCACGAGGCGACACGUUCAGCUCUUCCGACAGCUCCAAGCCAGGUGGCAAUGCUUUGACGCAUAUUCCCGAGUUUGCAUGUCCUUGGGUGUGCGCCACAUGCUGCAGUCGAUCAACUACUACUUGUUGGGGCUUUGCAUGGUGCAGACGUACAAUCCCAUGGUGGGCUACAUGCUGACUGCUGUGUUCCAGGCCCUCGCUUGCAACAUGACGAUCCUCGAUGUCCACGGCCUGCCAUGCCUCGGGGGACUGGAUUUGUCCUUCAUCGGUUUCCUGCCGGCCAUCGCCGCAUGCGUGUCGCUGACGCUUGCAGAACGGGAAGACGGAGAGCUCGUCCCACACAAUGCAUACAUGAUCUCCAUUGCGAUCUAUCCACUCGAGAUUGCUUGGUUUGAGCUCCUGCACUGGGUGGCAUCGCCAGUGUCGGGCGAGUCCAGCAUUCCUCGGCACUUCCGAGCAGUUCUGUUUAUGGACGUGUUUGGAGAAGCAGAAGAUCCUGCAGAGAUAGCCAUGGCAAAGAAGGGCACAGUGCUCUCUGCCGUAAACACCUUGGCUUUGGUUGAGAAGGUUCAAAUCGUUCAAGACGCACUCCGGCGUGCCCAAGCAGCUUUGCGCCGUUGGGAGGAAGUCCCUGGCAUGUGGCUUACUUUCCGGCAGAGAAAGGAACUGGAGAAGCUCGGCGAUUACUUGCGACUUGAAAUGGCUGGCUUGCAGGAGCUUCUACACGACUGUGACCUGGAAGUCAAGAUGACUCGCAUGCGCGAGUGGCCCGAGCUGUCGGACGCCGAGAUUCGGCUCGAGCACUGUGCAGGCACUGUCCUGGGCCCCUUCCAUUACAUCAACUCGGCCGGACUGCCCACAGAGUACCACUGGGAUAUUGAAAGCACCCUGGCAAAUGGAAAUUACAAGCUCCUGUACGAUCUCCCAGGGUCGGCGCGCGUGUUGACUCUGGAAGAUGCAGCCGAAACUGUGCGAGACUUCCAGCAUCUUAUGGACGACAUCCGCAGGAUGUCUCAAGCUCCUACAGAAGUACCACAUGGGGCCAAAAAGGACAUAGCAGAUGCAGAUGCAGCGCAGCCGGACAGUACGCCACGGGCUUCUGCGAUCAAUGGGGCCUUCACUGCCCGGGAGACCAAGGAGCUCUACAAGCCCGUGCGCUUGCCCUGGCGAGCCGUGAGCUGCCUCACUCGGACCAUCCAAGUGAUCUGGCUCGGUGUGGGUGUCACGGCAGCCAUGCGCGAGUCUCGCGUACUUCUGGUCGACCAUCAGGUGUCCCACAUCGUAGAAGAGCGGAGGCUCCACGGGCCCGAUCACUUGAUGGUGCCUCAGAAGGAGCACGUGAAUACAACUUGGCCAUACGGGACCUUCAUCCGCAUCGAGGCUGUGCAAUGCAUCCCCUGCGAGUAUGCAUGGGCAUGGAGCGAGAGUCCUGUCGUCGUGCGCACUCCUUUUGCUCGUUACGCCCUGCGUGAUUCCGCUGCACACGAGACUUCUACGGAGGAGCUGUUCUGUGGCUUUGGUCUCGGCUGCCUUGCUUUCCGACGCCUGCCGGACAGCCUCUUGCUUGGGGACCGCUUGGUCAGGCUACAGCUGCCCCACAGAGCAGGACGCCUGUCCGGUGCCCUCUCUGGGUGUGAGGGCUUGCUGAGUGAGCAUGGUGCAGUCUGCCUUGUUCUCGCUGUGGAAGUGCCAUCGCCCACGCCACGUUCGCCUUCGUGCUCAUUAUCCUCACUUUCUUGGGAGCGGAAAGAGCCGCACGGACAACAGCAACAAGGACAAAAGCAUCUGCAAGUGCUCCAUGUGAGUCUGGAAGGCAUGGCACCCAGCUCCGAGCAUCCAGAUGCAUCCAGCAUGCACUUCCGCGCUGGCCAGUCCAGCAUCCGGCUAAGGCGCAGGCAUUCCACCUCCAAGGCCAAGGGCCAGUCGGGCCAUUGCCAGGGCUCCUGGACUCUAGGAGCCUGGCCUAGCCUUUCCGGAAUUGGCACUCUGCGAUGCUACACGUCAGGCAAUGGACGACAGAUCUGCCACGUGGAUUUCAGCCCACAGCUUUGUGCAGGCUUUUUGACUGUGGAGAACAAGGAGAGCCAAAGCUGCUCGUUGCCGGACACUCUAGCCUUGGACCAGGCCAAACUGCAGAGGAGCACUCCUGCCUCCUGCAACUUGCGCCGCCUGCUCAUGCGAAUGCGGCGAACGGCCGAGUCUAGCUUGUCUCAGCUGCGAACCGCCAAAGCAGCGCAGAGCAUUCGAGAGACUCGCAAUGAGGAGUCAGAGCGCGACCGCAAGUUCAAGCAGAAGGUCCUCGAGGGAAUCAUGGCAGAACUGCGGCGCGAGGUUGACCGCCUGGAUGAAGAUGCAUGGAUGUUCAAGAAAUUGGAGUGGUGCAUAUGGCUUCUCGCAGACAUGCACAUUCGAGGUGUCAGGGUGCCAUCCGCAUAUGGCUCUGCUGCAGCUGCCUGCAGCCGGCGUGCUCAGUGGCAGGCGGUUCUGGCGCUGAUGGACACGAUGCAAGGUCCUAACCUCAAGGUGGUAAGCGCUGCAAUCAGCGCUUGCGGGGGAGCGCAGCAGUGGCAGGCAGCCGUGUACCUCAUCCACAGCAUGGAGAUCCAGCUCCUGGUGCCUGACACCAUUGCCUGGAAUGCAGCCAUCACUGCCUGUAAGAAAGGCAGCCAAUGGCAGGGAGCGGUGGCACUUCUCCCGAUGAUGGAAGCGCAGCAACUCCGGCCAACUCUGGUAACAUUUGCGGCACUUGUGGAGGCGUGUGGGCACGGUUUGUUUUGGGACAGGGCCCUGGCGCUCCUGGAGGAGUCUUCGCGUAACAUGCAGCCGGACAUUGUCCUUCUCAAUGCCGCGGCUGCAGCCGUCGCGCGAGGUGCACAGUGGCAGGCUGCGCUGGCGAUCUACGCAGACACACACCGCUACUUCAAGCCAGACAUCAUCAUGGUCAACACAAUUCUGGCGGCAUUGGCACAGACUUGGCGGUGGGAGGAGUCCUUGAGCAUGCUGCAUUCUACCAGGCAACCAGACUCAAUCUCUUACAACACGACGAUGAGCGCCUGCUUCCGGGGAAGCCGCUGGCAAUGUGUCUUCGAGCUGUAUGCUCGGAUGCUGCAAAAGAAGUUGAAUGUGCUCGACGGCACCUUCAACACACUGUGCCGAGUAUUUGAGAAGAACUCAUCCUGGCAGAGCUGUUUGCAAAUCCUGGAAGAUGCCUCCCUUGCCGGACCCGGGGUCUUCAGAGUAAAGCUGUUCAGUAUAGGCUCUGGUCUAGGUCGUUUCCGACGGUGCCGUGGCAGGAGCACCACUGAGUCAGCUCACGCUUUCCCUGGUGGUCUCGGCCUGCCAGAAGUCGACGAAGUGGCAGCAGGUGCUGCAACUGCUCCAGACGAUGGAGGCUUCUGGCAUGGUGUUGGACGAUGUCUUUCAAGCCGCCGGCAUGACCAGCCAUGUGCACAUGGGCGAUUUGGCAACAGCACUGGCUUGGUAUCGGGAGCGCCCGCUUCGUGGACUUCGGCUUGGCGGUCGCAAGGCUGGAGCAGGAUGGCUCGAACCGGGCCGCCGUUGGGGACACCUCGACCUGCAUGGUUUGCAGCCAGAGGAGGCACGCCUGGCAGUCUGCUGUGCUCUGUUGGACGCCACGAUGGUGAAGCCUGGGAUGCUGCCGUCCUGGGGCCUUGUCCUGGUGACGGGGCGCGGCAGCCACUCCGAAGGUGA